AUGGACUCGGACGCGUCACCUUCGGAGCUGCAGCUGGGCGCGUUGUACGGGCGCUACAAGCAGUGGUGCCCGCCGCCCGCGCCCCCAUCCGACGUGCCGAUGGAAGGUGCUUCCGUCGAGGUCCCGCUCGCCUCGCUCUGCGCUCUGGUCGUGCAGUUCGAGGCGACGGCGCGCGAGGAUCUGCGCGUGGGCUUCGCCCCCUCCCCCGCGGCCCCAGGCGACGGCUCGGACGACGCCGAGCGACGCAGGAAGCCACACACCGAGUGGAAGUACGAGGUGGCGGUCGGCACCAGCGGCAACACGGAGCUGGUGUGGCGCAAGGCGGCCUCGGGCCGCAGCAAGGAGGUGGUCCUGGCCCGGGUCUUCACGGGCCGCACGUGCUCCGCGCAGGACUUCGUGCCCUACUGGGUCGUGGUGGACGUCAAGAGCGGGUCGCUGUCCGUCGGCGUGGGCCCGCAGGUGGGGCAGGACGUGCUGGCCUCGUGCCAGGACCCGGACUUCGUGCACGUGACGCAGACGGCGUUCACGGCGUGGGACUCGCCCGUGUCGCUGCGCGGCAUCCAGGUCCACGGCGUCUACGAGGGACAGAGCGAGGCUCUGGCUGCUGCCAAUGUGGCGGCCUUCCCCGCGCCCAGGGUCAUGGUGCGGGCUGAUCCUUGGGGUAAGGAGGAUCUGCUCACGGCGGAGCAGAGACAGCAGUACGAGGCGGAGUACGCGGCCUCGAAGCGCCGCGCGGAGAGGUUCGGCGCGCCAUUUGCGCCGCCUGACAUCAAGAAGUUCCUGGACCCGAGGGAAGUGCGGAAGCUGCAGCGCACAGGCGCCAUCGUGCCCGGGUUCUCCACGGGCAUUGACGUCACGAGCCAGGAGGAGCAGAGCAAGCGCGAGCAGCGCAUGAAGAGGUUCGACACGCCGCAGUUUGCUGUCGAGUACUCGGCUGAGAGUGCGAGGGCGUUGGAGCAGGGGAUGACGCAGGAGGAGUGGGCCGAGAAGCAGCGCGACCAGGAGAAACUGCGUGCUCGCGCGCAGAAGUUCGGACUCUCCGCGGAAGAAGACCGUUCUCAGGUUGUUGUUUCGGGUCUUAAGCCGGCUUCUGCUAAAGUGGCUCGUGAGCGUUGUGACGUCAAGGCCCCCGAUGUGGAAGGACAGCCGGUGGCGUUCCGUAACGACGCGCUGCACAUGUAUUCCCUGGACGAUAAAUUCCAGCAAGUCCGCACGAGCGAUGUGCUGGAGUACUUUGUGGGCUACGGCCCGGCGUACGUGGAGUGGCUGAACGACAGCUCGUGCACCGUCGUGUUCCAAGACAACUUCACCGCUAGCCGAGCUCUGAUUGCGCUUGGCAAGGAAAUCCCAUCGCAGACUCUCAAGGAGAAGAAGGAGAAGGUGAAGACUGAGGCUGCGUCCGGUGAAGAUGUCGACAUGGCGGAUGCGGAGGCACCUGCUGACAACGACUCUGCUACGGCGAUGGAAGACGUUGACGAGGAAGUGGAGGUCCCUGACGUUGCCUUCAACCGAUCGCAGUGGUAUCUCGGUAACAACCCCAUCGGCAGCCAAACGCAGUCUCGUGACAAGAAGUGGCGAAUCCUGCUGCGCAAGGCAACGGACGAGGACUUCCCGCCUGAGAAGCUCCCUAAGAAGGGCAUGUAUCACUCUCGCAGCAAUCUGCGCAACGACUCACGCGGUAGUCGUCGUCGCAAUGACCGGGAGUAUGGAUCUUCGUCGCGACGACGUGGUGGUGGCUCCCGAGCUCAUCCGUACGGUGAAUUCCGCGAGGAUCGCCGUGGUGAGGAGCCGGCUGGUGGUCGUCGUCGCCGCGGCAAGAACGAGGACCGUGACACCGGCAAACCGUCCGGCCGUAUUCGCGUGAACGCUGACGGCUCCAUCAACAUUGUGCGCGAGGACCAAGCUGGAGCGGCUCCGACUUCUGAUGGAGCAGCGGGUGAGAGUAAGCCCGCGGAAGCUGUCAAGUCUGAGCCUGCUCCGGCUGCCGAGUAA